AUUUCCCAAGGUGUCACUCAUUCCAUCCUUUGACUUAGGUAUUCAUCUAACCCCACCUGACAUGCAGCAGGAGCCACCCUCCGACAGUACGUCUAUUGGCCCUUCAUCAGCCAUCGACCCACCCCAUGUUCAAGUUGAGCAGGCUGGUGGGUUACUUGCUCAACCAGAAGGUCAGUCGAAACGUAUAUCAAAGGAACCUCCUUAUGGGGCAGGGGGGCACAAACAUGGACACAACGUUGGGCCCGAGGCAUCUGACGAAGGAUAUGCAAGACCUCCUCCUCAUUAUACGAGACAGCAUAAGGUCCAAAAAAGAUGAUGAUGCUAUGAAAAGGCUGGAAGCACUAAAAUUCAAGUUUAGCACAAUAAAAGUAGCAACAAAUAACUUUUCUAUUGCCAAUAAGCUUGGAGAAUGCGGAUAUUAGGUCGAUUUUGAAGUGGCUGGUAAUGAUUCUAACUUAUUAAUUUGUGAUGUAUUUAACUGCGGCCAAUUAGAGGGGCUAAGCCUUAUGAAGUUGGGGAGUUUGAAAAUGUGCUGUAUGAUUAUGUUGUUUAUCAAGACCGUAUCUAUUUUUGAACUUUGCUCUGUACGUAGGGUCCAAAGAAACUGAUGAAAAGGCUGAUGAGGUUCUAAAGUAGGAUAUUUUGGAUUGUUGGACGUCAGAAAAUCACUAUCGAUGGACUGAAUCUAAGUAUUAAACAUUUCUAGAUUUAGACCAUUGAUAGUGAUUUUCUGGAGUCUAACAAUCCAAAAUAUCCAACUUUAGAACCUCAUCAGCCUUUUCAUCAGUUUCCUUGGACCCUACCUCCGAGGUCCACGAAAAUGGAGGUGUAUCAUAAGAAGUCGAGUAGGUGUAUUCAAUCGAUAAGUUUUGGUGGGGAAAGAGUUGGAGCUAGCGUUGUUGCUGAUGAGGAAGUUGGGAGUGGGAAACUUGUUGCUGUUGCAACACCCAACAAGGUUAUUUGCUAUCGUAAAUUACCUUCUGAAGAACAAAUCAAAGACGUUUUGAGAAAGAAGAACUUUAAAGAAGCCAUUGCCUUGGUGGAGGAACUUGAGUGUGAUGGUGAAUUGUCAAGGGAUAUGCUCUCCUUUGUUCAUGCUCAAGUGGGGUUUCUAUUGCUGUUUGACCUGCAUUUUGAGGAAGCAGUAAAUCACUUUUUGUUGUCAGAGACAAUGCAGCCUUCUGAAAUAUUUCCAUUUAUAAUGCGAGAUCCAAAUCGUUGGUCACUGCUGGUUCCUAGAAACCGAUAUUGGGGUUUGCAUCCACCCCCUAAACCUGUUGAAGAUGUUGUAGAUGAUGGGUUGUUGGCUAUCCAAAGAGCUACCUUCCUGAGAAAAGCAGGUGUAGAAACUUUAAUAGAUGAUGAUUUUCUUUUGAAUCCACCAAGUAGAGCUGAUUUAUUGGAGUCAGCAAUCAAGAACAUUAUCAGGUACUUGGAAGUUUAUCAGGAGAAAGAGUUAACAUUGCCAGUGAGAGAGGGAGUUGACACACUAUUAAUGUACCUUUAUAGAGCUUUAAAUCGUAUUAAUGACAUGGAAAAGCUGGCAUCUUCAGAAAACAGUUGUAUCGUGGUUGCUGAUAUCAACCAGGUGCUUGCUGUUCAAGUUUUAACAUCGGAAAGAAGAGCCAAUCAACUUUCCCCAGAUGAAGUUAUUCCAGCAAUUGAUCCAAGAAAGGUAGAAAUUUUUCAAAGGUACCUCCAGUGGUUGAUUGAAGAUCAGGACUGUGAUGAUACUCAAUUCCAUACAUUAUAUGCUCUAUCACUUGCCAAAUCAGCAAUUGAAGCCUUUGAAACUGAAAAUACUUAUCAAAACAGUGACAUUGGAAGGGUAGAUGAGACAGUAAUUUCUGAUAAUAGAAUCAACUUGAUCUUUGAAAGUCCUCUUCAAGAAAGACUGCAGAUAUUUUUGUCGUCUUCAAACUUGUAUGAUCCAGAGGAAGUUCUUUACUUGAUCGAAGGAUUGGAGUUAUGGUUGGAAAAGGCAAUUCUUUACAGAAAACUGGGUCAAGAGGCAUUAGUGCUCCAAAUUUUGGCAUUGAAACUGGAAGAUAGUGAAGCAGCUGAACAGUAUUGUGCAGAGAUUGGCAGACCAGAUGCCUAUAACGUUGACUCAUCUCCUGAUCAAUCAGCCGUGACUGAAAAUGAAGAAAAUUCGGGUUCUGCUUCUACUUCUGCCAGUACUGAAGAAAGUAUUGAACUUUCACCAGCAAGAGCAAGACCUCAAAGGGUGAACCGUGCACAAACAAGACUCGUGUUCAUUUCUCCAAGCAAACUGAGGAUGAAGCUCAUAGGGCCUCACCAUCUUAGAAAGAAGGAUGGAUCAAACAGUAACUCUUCCAGACACAAUUUGGGGUUCCUGCUAAAGGAUGCAAACACGACCUUGUGUAUGCUUUGAAGUGUUUCGUGGAUUCAAAAAUAGAAUGGUGAAAAUUCUCCGGCGGUAGAAGAACAUGUAUCCUACGUUUCUGCUGAAAGUAUGUCAAUACAAAGUAAGGUUAAAAUUUUUUUUGAGGAAGAACAUGUUGAAAAUGUCAAAACUGAUUUGGAGGUUCCCUCUCUUCCACGGCACAAGGGAAGAAUAAAGAAAUCUGUAGUUGAGGGAAAUUCAGUCAAAGUUGAUCUUAAAAUGGUUGCUAUGAAACAAAAGCUGUCAAUCAAAUCUGAUGGGGUUUCAGCAUCUCACAACCAGACUAUCUCAGAAUGUUUUAUCACUUGCAAUCCAAGAAAUAUUUUCUAAAAUGCUAAAGGCAAGUGCAAAGUCCUCCUGUGGUUUACCUCCUGAGACAAAGCUUUGAUACAUCUUUCCUGAUGAUAUUUUAUCCUCUUUGGAAGUCGAAACAAAACUAGCCUUGGUUCAAAUGUCACUGUCUGAAUGAGCAAAGGAAAAUGAAGAAAUUUCUCCAGCAUAUGUUGCAAAAAUUCCAAAGUCUUAUGUACCAAACGUACUUGUGUCAACAACUUCUGUAUCUGAAAGUUUGAUUAUGCCCACAAUUUCUGCAUCUGAAGGAGCAGGGGAAAUUGACAAAAAGAUUGAUGAGGAUGAUAAAAUAAGUAUUAGAGCCAGCUCAAUCCUGCGUCCACAUGCUAUCUUAUCUAGUCCAAAAAUGGGGACACAUAUGCUGGAGAAUAUUUUGCAGACAAGAUGCAUGGGUUUGGGCUCUAUUCUUUUGCAAAUGGACAUCGAUAUGAAGGAGCCUGGCAUGAGGGUAGAAGGCAAGGGCUUGGAAUGUACACAUUUAGAAAUGGUGAAACACAAGCUGGUCACUGGCAAAAUGGAAUUCUUGACAUUCCAAGCACACAGAACACCACCCAUCCUGUAUCUCCUGUUGCUAUUUAUCAUUCAAAAGUACUCAAUGCAGUGCAGGAAGCUCGGCGAGCAGCAGACAAAGCCUAUGAUGUAGCCAAGGUGGAUGAAAGGGUCAACAAGGCAGUUGCAGCAGCCAAUAGGGCAGCUAAUGCAGCUAGAGUAGCGGCAGUUAAGGCUGUCCAAAAACAAAUGCACCAUAAUAGUAACAACAAUGUUCCAAUUCCAAUUGUGUGACACUCCCAACUGCCGCUUUGGCUCUUUUAAUGUGCAAGACAGCAGCAUCAGGACAGUGGCUUAUGUUUGUUUACUUCAACAAGUAGCUUUGUGUUUUUAUGCGGUCUCCUUGGCCUCUUGCCUUGAGGGGACGAUUUGAUUUGUAGAGCCUCUUGAAAGCUGUGAGUAGUAGGGAAGAUUACUGAAGAGUGUGCAACGGUCAUCUAUACAGUUUGAAGAUUGUGUAUACAUAGAGAGGAGAUAGAGAGGGUGGAUGGUGAUGGCAUCCAUAUUUUUCAUUUUUGCUGUUCCAUCUUAAGUACAUUUUUGUAAAGAUCAGGUAGAUGUAAUAUAAAGUGUUGGUGCCUAGGUAAAACCUCAAACCAGCCACUAUUGAUGUGAGUUUGCUGGUAUUUAAUGGAGGUAACAAAUUGUCUAGUCACUGAAAAAAAAAAAUAAUUA